AUGGCUCCACAGAAGUUCACAGUGCUCACCGUGUGCCUCGGUAUUUGCCGCUCCCCCAUGGCCGAGGCGGUGCUCAUCGCCGAGGCGGCCAAGCGCCCCGGAAUCAAUGUGACGAUUGACAGUGCUGGGACGGGUGCCUACCAUGCCGGCGACGGGGCGGAUGACCGCACCAUCGCAGUGUGCAAGAAGCACGGCGUACCUGUUGACUGCAUUGCCCGGAAGGUGGAGUCCAACGACUUCGCCAAGUUUGACUACAUUCUCGCCAUGGACGAAAGCAACCUCCAGACCCUCCAAACCCGCAAGCCCCGUGGUUCGCGCGCCCACAUCACACUCUUCGGCAACUUUGAGCCCGACUUGGCACUCGCGUCUCCCGGCGCUCGCCUCCGCCCCGGCAUCAUCGAGGACCCUUACUAUGGCGGCCGCGACGGGUUCGAGAUUGCAUAUGACCAGUGCGUACGGUACGCGCGUGGAUUCCUCGACUUCCUCGAGGCUGGUGGCGGGGAGCCGCCCAAGCUCUAA